AUGAGUUCGGGAGCUGGUGCGAUUCCGCCCAGUGCUACGGAUCCCGAGUUAGAGGCCUGGUGGGAGGAGUUUUUGGCUAAAAAGAAGCUUGAAGAUGCUCAGGACGAGGAUGCCCGCCUAACUUGGGAGACCUGUGCUCAGCGGAAGCUGAAGUUUAUACGUGAAGUUCGUCUUCUCACAGAUCUUUAUGAGCCUAUUGGGAAGCAGGUUCAUUCCAUCCUCUCUGCGGAUCAUCAUCACAGAGGCGAACGACUCUACGCGGAGUGGUGCAAAUUUAGAAGGAAAGAGUGCCUCAUGGCUUACUAUGACAACCCAAUUUUCCGGGCGAUUUAUACGAACUAUCGGUUCUUUGGCAGUGCUACAAGCUUUCUGCAGGCACUUGUAGAACGCAUCAUUCCGGAGCAUCCCGACCUUGAGAUCUACCUUCGCGAUCACGUCCGUCGCGUAAUCAGUGUUGGUGUUGGUCCCGGUACCGACAUUGCUGCGUUUCUGUCCUUCGCCCGUUGCCGUGGCUUUACAAAUCGUCUAGUCUACUACGCCAUUGAUCAAAGCGAAGGAUGGUCGACCUUCCUCAGCGCAUUUGACCGUCACUGGUCCAUGGUGCACAACAUUUCUGUGUGGUUUAAAUCGUGGCGAUUUGGCAAACGGGACGAUGUCGCUUGUCUCCCGGACGCGGACAUGAUGGUAUUUAGCUUCUCAAACACAACUCUGAUGGAUAAGGCAAUAUGGCCGCUGUUGCAGCAACGGUACAGGUUCAUCCUCGUGCUAGAUGGGAUGAAGGAUAUGGUAGUGACGAAUUUUGGGGCUGCAGGCUUCUCUGACUUCCGACUAUCGGAGAAGACGACCGUCUAUUAUUACUUUAUGGGACUUCCCACCUCUCCACAAAGUUCUGGAGAUGCCGAGGCCAAAGAAUGA